CUAUCACAGGAAACAGAAUGCCCUCAGGGCACUUCAAAAGAAAGCUCUGGACAAGAAUCCUGACGAGUUCUACUUUAAAAUGAUACGUACAGAACUCAAGGAUGGAGUUCAUGUAAUAAAGCAGCCAAAGGAUGAAGUCACCCCCGAACAGGUGAAACUGAUGAGGACACAGGAUAUUAAAUACGUGGAAAUGAAAAGAGUGGCAGAAGCCAAGAAAAUCGAGCGGCUGAAGUCGGAGCUCCAUCUUCUGGAUGCUGACGGGAAGAAGCCCAACAAGCACAUCUUCUUUUUUGACACCAAAAAAGAAGUUCAGGAGUUUGAUAUUGCAACUCACCUGGAUACUGUUCCAGAGCUCGUAGACAGAGUGUACAACCGACCGACCAUUGCAACGCUGCAGAGAGAGACACUGAAAGGAGCUACUGAUCCUGCCCACUUAAAGAAAUUAGCCCAGCAGAGGAAGAAUCAGUACGACCUCCUGAAGCAGCGCAUUGAAAGAGAAAAGGCCAUGUUUGUUAUUGCACAGAAAAUCCAGACACGUAAAGAUCUGUUGGACAAAACUCAUAAAGUAAAGGUGAAGAAAGAGACAACAAAUGGUCCAGCUAUUUACAAAUUCAAAUUUCAGCGGAAACGUUAACCAUUCCAUUAAAUAAUGGUCACUGUCUUUGCUUAGAAAGAAAGAGGAUUCUCCUUAUGAAGAGGGACUGACACACUGAGUCAGUUUGUUUCUCACUGCAGCCUAGUGCUUUGUUAAAACAAAUCACUGUGGGCCUGUGGUAGCCAUAAAUACAUUGUAUCUAAUUAAUUGAUUAAUAAAUCAGAGUGUUUUGUUCUCUUGGUAUUUACAG